GCAGACGUUCUGUGCUCUCCAACCAGGACCAAGUUAACUACACUGGCUUACAACAGUUGCUUUAUUAUCCAUUUCUACCUUUUGACUGAGAAGAAGAUGAGGGUCGUCAAUAUGGGUCUUCUGCUGGUUUGUGCAGCCUUUGCUCAGUCCUUCAAGUCUCAAGGUGGGGGGAGUCUGAGAGAGGAGGAGGACAUGUGGGGGAACUACCUAAUGGAAAGAGAUGACAACCAUGCCGAGAUCAAAGCUGUCCUUCCAGGUACCUGCUUUGCGUGUAAGCGCAUCAUCAACAAGGUCAAGGCCCAGCUGGAUGGUGAUAAUGACAGGGAAAACAUAACUGCUAAGCUGGACUCUAUUUGUGGCAGCAUGGGGAUACUCAAAGCCAUCUGCAAGAAACAGGUCAAUAAAUACAAAGAAAAACUGAUUGAAGCACUUCUCAAUGAUGAGGACGCAAAGGAUGCCUGUAAGGAAUUGAAGCUAUGCAAAUGGAAUAACAUUUACCCAUGAUUGCCCUGGGCACACGUUUCUUUCAGAUGAACACGCUGUCAUAGUUUAGCUUUACAUUAUUUUCAUACACAACUGUCUGGAUGGAAUGGCAGUCUUUAAAGUCACUUAACAUUGCUAAAGACCGACAUUCCAUCCAGCCAGAAAAGGACUGGCCACCCAUCAGAGCCUGGUUCCUCUCUAGAUUUCUUCCCAGGUUCCUGCCUUUCUAGAGAGUUUUUCCUAGCCACCAUGCUUCUACAUCUGCAUUGCUUGCUGUUUGGGGUUUUUGGCUGGGUUUCUGUAUAGCACUUUGUGAAAUCGGGUGGUGUAAAACGGGCUUCAUAAAUAUAUUUGAUUGAUUGAUUACUCCUGCAA